AUGCUUAAGGUAGCAGAUCGUAGCCACUUAAUCAGCCCGUUAUAUUCUUUGGAAAAAUUGAUGGCAGUGCAGUUUGCCACGGACAUUUCAACUGAGCAACUAGGGGACGAAAUAGCUGAAGCUCUAGGAGAGCGAAACCUGAAACUUAUACGUUCUGUCGUCCUUGCAUGUGGUAGUGGUAAGGCUCUAUCACUCUUUGAGAAAACGCGAGAAGUGGAACGCGGCGGAGGAAUGAUGAUGUUGUUGCAGAAGAAGGUUCUCGUUGAGAGUAAUCAAGAAGCACGAAGAGUCAUGAGGGCACGAAAAAGUGGUCGCUUUAAUUUCUCUAAGAAUGAAGCAAAGCCUGACAAGUUAAUGAAGAAAGAGGGUGAGAAAGAUAGCGCGUUGGACACUCCCAUGCCGCUACCUCCAAUCGAGCAUCUCUUCCGACAACAUAUGUUAUUUGAUGCGGGCAAACCUGUUUCUAAUGAUGGAAAGUUUGAAGAUACUCUAAUGGAGACAUAA